AUUUUAAGAGACUCAGCUGGGAAUGUAAAACUUGGUGACUUUGGGGCCAGCAAACGCAUCCAAACCAUCUGCAUGUCUGGGACCGGAAUUAAAUCAGUGACAGGGACCCCGUACUGGAUGAGCCCAGAGGUGAUCAGCGGAGAAGGAUAUGGGAGGAAAGCGGAUGUGUGGAGUGUGGCAUGCACAGUAGUGGAAAUGCUGACAGAAAAACCACCGUGGGCAGAAUAUGAAGCCAUGGCCGCCAUUUUCAAAAUAGCUACCCAGCCAACAAAGCCCAGACUGCCGGACAAUGUUUCAGAUUCUUGUAGAGAUUUCAUGCAAGUAAUAUUUGUGGAAGAGAAAAGGAGGCCCACAGCAGGAACUUUUAAGGCA